AUGAGCAAAAUCUUAGUCGUCUUCGGUGCUACCGGCAACCAAGGUGGGUCGGUCAUUAGAAGUGUCCUCGCAGACCCCAAAUUAUCAAAGGAGUUCAAAAUUCGCGGCGUCACUCGUGAUCCUUCAAAGCCAGCAGCCCAGAAACUAGCAGAACAAGGAGUCGAUGUAGUCAAGGCGGAUUUACUCGAUAAAGGGACGCUUCGCAACGCUUUGAUCGGAGCGCAUUCAGUUUUCGCUGUGACAAAUUACUGGGAAAAGGCAUCGAAAGAGAUUGAGGUGACACAGGGGAAGAACAUCUCGGACGUCUCAAAGGAGAUCGGCGUUGAACACUUGAUUUGGUCCUCACUACCCAAUGUCACGAAAUUAACCGAUGGGAAAUUGUCAAAUGUCCCUCAUUUUGAUGGCAAAGCUGAAGUCGAGGAGUACAUCAAUGCACUCGGGGUUCCGGCAACGUUCUUUCUGGCAGGAUUCUACAUGCAGAACCUAAAGAGCGCUAUCAAAUUGGGCGAAGAUGGGAAAAAAACAUUGGCGUUCACUUUCCCAGGGGACACCGAGGUCCCGCUUUUCGAAGCAUCAGCUGAUACCGGCAAGUUUAUUGCAGCGAUCCUAUCUUCAGACUAUGCAAAGCCCAGAGGGAAACAGGUCUUGGGGGCAUCAGGCUGGUUCACUCCCAACGAAAUCAUAACUACAUUUGAGGAAGUUACGGGACAACCCGCAAAAUAUGUACAACUACCUGAGGAAGUUUUCAGAGGCUUCCUACCUGAGGCUUUUGCAACUGAGAUGCUAGAGAACUUCGCACUGAUCCGAGACUAUCAAUAUUAUGGCCCAAAUGCCAAAGAAAGUCUCGAAGAAUCACUGAAGAUUUUGAACCAACCCCCCACGAGCUUCAAGGAAUUCGUCCAAAGAAAUGGACCUUGGGAAUAA